AUGGCGCAACAAAUUACGGCGCGCAAACAGCAAGAGCUCCAAAACCAGUACACAAACUACAAAAAUGGUCUGCAGCAAAUAGCCUCAAAGAUUGGUGACGUAGAGACAGAAGCAGAGGAACACAAACUUGUUCUCGAAACACUCGAACCUCUUUCUGGUGACCGAAAGUGCUUUCGAAUGAUAAAUGGUGUGUUGGUUGAACGGACUGUGAAAGAUGUGGUGCCGGCUUUGAAGACAAAUUCGGAAGGUCUACGGAAAGUCCUGGAGGAUCUAGUCAAGCAAUACAACAGCAAACAGUCAGAGAUGGAGAAAUGGAAGGUACGAAAGCUUCAAUCCCUUAGGUUCAUGAAGUCAUUUGCUGAUGAGUGUUGUUACACAGAAGAAGAACAAUAUCCAGGUCGUGCAGCAGUGAUAGUGUCAGCAUUUGUCACAGAUUUUGGAGUAUGGGCGUUGCAUCAACAACAGAAAUGA